AGAGACUUGAGCAAAUGUCGGCCAUCUUGAAUCAAAUUUCAUUAUGGCAUGUGUCUUUCCAAAUAUCAAGUGAUAGCAAAUAUAGCAAUUGAGUAAAUAAUUAAAACCUACCAUAAAAAAUUUGCAUAUUUAUAAACUAAAAAUUAUUUAUUUCCAACUGGUUUUAAACACAUGACAAAAUUAAAAGAUCACCAAUAAAACAAAUCAGCUGUUAUCCGUCAAUCGAUGUCAACAAAAUUACAUAAUUUUGUUUAGAAAAACAGUGCAGCCUCCGUUUUUUGAGUGUCAUUUUGAAAUUACCAAACAUGAAGAUUCGAUCUAAUGUUUCAAUGGACAAAUUGAUAAAGUAAAUGUGUACCCUGCGGCUGACAACUUUGGCGACUUUGUGAUUUUUUUGGAUAAUGUAGUCCAAUAUAACAAUUUUAGUUAUGGAUCAAAACAAUAUUAUAGAGUGCGGUGGAUUUUAUUUUAUUCAUAAUUUUGAUUCUGGAAAUCUCGGACAUGUCGAACGGGUGCCAACAGAGCUUAUAGCUCCGAGCGUGAACCCGAAGACAAACCAAACGGAAACACCAGACUAUGAAUUCAACCUGUGGACACGCCCUGACUGUGCGGGCACAGAGUUUGAAAAUGGCAACCGUACCUGGUUCUAUUUUGGGGUGCAAGCCAGCGAACCGGGUGUUUUGGUACGGUUGAAUCUCAUAAACCUUAACAAGCAAGGCAAGAUGUACAAUCAAGGCAUGGCACCGGUAACGCGGACCCUGCCUGGGAAACCUCAGUGGGAGAGGAUCAGAGAUCGUCCUGUACAUUCGACGGACGACAAUACCUUCACGUUGAGCUUCAAAUACCGCACAUCAGAGAACCUGAAGGCGACCACAUUCUUCGCGUUCACGUACCCGUUCUCCUUUGCCGAGCUGCAGAUAGCUCUCAACUCCAUCGACCUGAAGAUGCUGCCGUUACCGCCGCCACAGUCCCCGGAUGAUAUAUACUACUACAGAGAAUGUCUUGUUUACUCUCUAGAAGGAAGAAGAGUUGAUCUGUUAACAAUAACGUCUCACCACGGCAUAUUAAAUGAAAGGGAAGAACGACUCAAAAAUCUUUUCCCUGAUAGUCAAGAACGACCAUUUAAAUUUCAGAAUAAAAAAGUAAUCUUCAUAUCAGCGCGAGUACAUCCAGGGGAGACACCAUCCAGCUUCGUGUUCAACGGCUUCUUAAACCUUCUACUGACGCGGAACGAUCCAAUCGCAGUUCAGCUGAGAAAACUUUACGUGUUCAAAAUGAUCCCGUUCUUAAACCCAGACGGCGUGGCCCGCGGCCAUUACCGGACCGACACGAGGGGUGUCAACCUGAACAGAGUUUAUUUGAACCCCUCACUCAAUUUACAUCCUACUGUGUAUGCCUCUAGAGCACUAAUCAGGUACUAUCACUACGGCUGUGAAAAAGAAGAUCUGUUUGAUGACAGCAAAAGUUUUACAUCACGCAGCAUCCAGAACAUUAGUGAGAGUGCCGAGGUCCUAGACACGAAGAAGAAGAAAGGUAGCAGCAACACAUCUACCUACAAAGGCGGGGACUACUUCAAAAGGGAGAAGUCAGCUAAAACGAUGACCAGCAACAAAUCUUCCACAACUAUAAAGCCUCCGUCGACGCUCUCGGACAGCUCCAAGAAGGAUAUCAAGAUGCUCAGCGGUGAGGCCGCGCAUCUUGCUGAACAGGUAUACGACAUGAAACUUCAAGAGCAACCAUCUCAGACGAGUCAUGAAACGAACGCCGAAGACAAGCCGUCGUUACUGAACGACAACAUGUUGAGGGCGUGUCUCGGGUCUAACGUGCACCUGAGCACGAGUGAGGAGCUCAACUUCCAAGGCAGCAACCCGCUGCGCCCUCUUCGAGAUACCCUCAAGAACAGUAUCAGCCUGCUCAUGGAAUCAGCUUCUUCUGUAGCUGGUGACAGUUCAAUAGGCCCGAAAGAAUCUCGUGUAACCAAUGUUAAGAUGGGGUGGUGCCAAGAGUGCAGGUCGGCUGUUUCCAAACUUGAAGACACCAUGCCUGGGAUCACCAGCAUGGUGCCUGGAUACAAUCUCACUAUGAACCGUCCAGAUCACCUCACUUACCACACCAUUGACGAGUACAGAGAACAUCAAAUGAGAAAGCUUGAUGAACAAGCCAAGAAGUCACAAGAUAACGACGCACCUUUCAACAAAGAUGAGAACGUCUACUUUUGCACCAACUGCUUCAAACGAUAUCUUCUAACAGAAUCCAAUGUGGAGAUAAAGGUGUGUGACGUGGUGUCGACGCAGAGCGUGGCGGUGUCGGCGGGCGACAGCGUGGACCUGCGCUGCGAGCCCGACUCGCAGGAACUGUUCGCCGGCAGCACUGGCGAUGUACUGGUCGUAUCUCCAUCUCCGAAAGACGAGAAGCCAAAGUCACCGACGACGCGUCAGACCAGGAAGAAGGCUGUCCUGCCCCCGCCGACCAACUCCACCGCGCAGGUCAAGUGCACGCCCAUCAAGGAGGUCGAGUCCGGACUUUACCUGUACAUAGAUCUACACGGACACGCUUCCAAGAAAGGUAUCUUCAUGUACGGCAACCACUUCGACGAUCUGGAGAGCUGCGUGGAGUGCAUGCUUCUGCCGCGCAUCAUGUCGCUCAACAACCUGCACUUCCACUUCUCAUCCUGUAACUUCACCGAGAGGAAUAUGUACCUCAAGGAUCGCCGCGACGGCAUGUCGCGCGAGGGCUCGGGGCGCGUGGCGGUGUUCAAGGCGACGGGGCUGGUCCGCUCGUACACGCUGGAGUGCAACUACAACACGGGCCGCCUGGUGAACGUGCUGCCGCCCACACUGCGCGAGGGCCCGGCCGCCCUGCCCGCGCCGCCCGCCCCCCUCCCUCCUAAGUACACGCCGCACAUCUUCGAAGAGGUAAACCCCUUCCAGGUAAGACAGUGUCGCGCAAAGAAUCUGGAGUUUUUCGAAGAGAUAGACCCAAUGAAGGUGGGUCGUUCCCUGGGCGCGUCGAUCCUGGACCUGACGGGGCAGCACCCCAACUCCCGCAUCCCGUGCUCCGAGCACCGCAACCUGUCCGCCGUGCGCGAGUGGCUGCGGGCUCACACGCGCACCAUGCGCCCGCAGCUGACGAUGUCGCGACUUCGACCUAAAACGACAUCCCCAACCCGAGUGCCGCUGUAUGCGCGCUCCAAGGGCAAGGUGACGGAGGAGCGCAAGGAGAACACUUACAUGGGUGCCAAGACUGAUACCGAGCGGAAACGAAGCCCGCCCGUACUGGCGCCACGCUCCGGACACGACAUCAUGAACAUGACCGUGACCAAGUUUAGCAAAAAGAAUGAACCUGUUAAAACGACUUCUCGGACCAGAUACUUAAGUGAGAACGAGCCUAAACCAAAAACAUUAUCCACGAAACGUAGGAACAUCCUGGCAAUCCGGAAGCCGAACUCGAGCAAGACCCAGGUCGGAGGUGUGGUCAAGGCGAAAGUGAGCCGGCGGUCGGCGGACGACACGGAGAGCCCGCGCACGUCGCUGGUGUCCAGCAAGCUCAGCAAGCGCAGCUUCUCGCGCUCCGUCCGCGGCUCGUCCACGCGCAGCAGCAACAACCGCUGCCGCGCCAUGGCGUCGUCCUCGUCGGACGACAUGCUGGGCGGCAACUGGGAGGACGUGGCGGGCGGCACGGCGCUGGGCGCGGCGGGCGGCGCGCACGCGGACGCGCUGCUGCCGGGCGGCGCCAAGCGGCGCUCCUUCGCCGCGCCCGCGCCGCCACAUCUCAAGAAGAUCCGCCUCAAGACAGCCAUGUAGCGCAAGCUGCGCGCCCGCGCCAGCCCCCGGCCCGCCUGCGAAUAGUCUACGCGCGGUAGCCCUUCUACGUGCGAUCACACGGACUUAGAAUGGUUACGUAGUAGAUAAUUAGCACCGGUCACUUGCCGCCGAAUGCAAACGCUGGUAGAUAUUCUGAAAAAGAAACUCCACAUCGUUUGGUGGCAAGUGGCCGGGAUCGUUCGGCGACGGAAACACUGCCAGCCGCAAAAUAUUCAUAUUACUCUCGAAUGUUGGCAAUAUGCGUGCGGGUGCGACCUCUUUCGACGCCUGUUGGUAACUUAUGCCAUUAAAAAUUUGUGCGUGAUCUUUCCUUCCUUCUGAUCUAGUGUAGUGUAUGUUUGUUUCGUAUUAACGUUUAGAAUUAAUAUGACUGCGACCACUUGCCACCUGUAGGAGUUUAGACAGUUGUUGUUACACUAAUGUUUUAUCUUAGUUUAUUCUUAGAAGUAUUUUUUAAUGGCAUGAGAUAUAACAAAUGUGAGCUAUAGGCUUAUAGCUAGUGUUGUAACUAAAUAUUUUUGUUGCCUGUAUUCUUUUCGUAACCCGUGAUUAUGUUGACUGAAAGAACUAAUUUUUUGUGUUUUAGCAUAAUGUUUUUAUAUGAGAAUUUUAUCGUUUAAAAUUUGAUGUUUUAUGGUCCUAAUUUUAAUGGAUUAAAAUUUUAUUUACCUAACAAGAAUUAUAUAGAUUUUUACUAUAAGGUUUUAUAAAGACAAAAUAAUUAUUGUUCAUGGCAAUUUCAUCCCAACCUUUGUUGAGUUGUGUGCUCAUGGAGCGAAGUUUUCAAAAUGUGCUAAUAUUGUAUAAUGUACUAUUGAUCUCAUUUAUGAAAAUCAGCCGGAGCUGAUUUGUCAGAGUGCUCAUGUUGUUUCAAUCACAAAUAUUUCUGUAUCCAUGGCUUGGUUGUAGGUACGCGGUUCACAUUAGCUUUAAAAAUUACAUAAAAAAUGGAAACAGAAAUAGUAACAGAAACAAAGUGUUUGUGAUAUAAUUCAGCUACUUGAUUUAUAAAGGGGAUUAGAAUAAAGUAUGUAUUACUAACAUUAACAUUUUCUUCACAAAAUAGUAUAAGCAGUGGUCCCGGCCUCCAGCUUGUGGACCCAAUACACCAACUUAGUGCAAUAAUUUUAUAUAAAUAUAUGUUCUAGGAAUUUUAUAUACAGAUUCAUACAAAUAUAUACAUAAUAAUUACAUUUUUCAAAAUUCUAGUACUGUGUAUAAUAAAGUGUUUAUUGUAGAAAUGCAUAGUGUGUAUAUUUUCAAACAGUAACUAUUUAUUUAUCUGAAAUAUUAAUAUAUGGUUAAAUAACAUACAAUGUUCUCACAA